AUGGCCUACCUAGAGACCACGCUGAAAUGUCACAGACACACAGAAACCAGACACCUCUUUGGUCAUCCAGUCAGGGUAGAGGAGAUGCAACAUUUCUGCUACAGGGCGCGACCUCAUUGCCCAAGGCCCCUCCGACCUCCGCAUCCAGCCCAUCCCCAGCUCCGCCUCCCCUUACUCCACCUCCUGGAACCCGAGGUCUCAGGGCAGAUAACAACCGCAAGCGUCAACUCGCACCGCCCUCGGGGUCAGCAGAGCACUUCCGCUCGCCGUCGCCCCGGGAGCCCGAGCGCUGUGCACGCGCAGGAGCGGGCUUUGGGGGCGGGGGGCAACACAGCCAAUGGGCAACAACACGGCGCCUUUCGGGGACAAAGGAUUCUGACGUGGUUCCCUCUGAGACUGAAGUUGAUCCCUGCCGAUGUCUCCAGUGUCACUCUGCAAACUGAAGCAUCAGCUGCUGAGGCAAGCAACAGUGGUUUGUGUCAUGGAGUUGUCUUCUUCUCCUGGCCCUGGACCCUAUGGAUAUCAAGCAGUUUCAGACAUUUUCCCGGACUCCCUCCCAGCUGGCUGUGGCACACUCGCCCCUUCAGGCUGUGUUCAUGCAGCCAACCCCAGUCCUCUCCCUGGGAUCUGACCGCCGAAGAAGCCGGAGCCUCAGCUCCCAGCCCCGACCUGUUCCAGCCGGCGGGUGAGCAGACAAGCCUCUCAGGCUGGACCAGUGACAUAAUUUGUGUGGCCCAGUGCAAAACGAAAAUGUGGGGCUAUUUGUUCAAAAACCAGGAAUAAAGUGCCAUUAAAGUGCGCGAGGAGAGGGGAUUCACA